AAGCCAAGAUCCCACCUCCCUCCAAUCUCUAUCUUCUUCCUCUCGCGCGGCCGAGGGUAUCGAUCGUCCAUCGAUGGCAGCAAUGGGCGUGGGCGGAGCGGUGAAGAUGAUCAUCGGGGCGAAGGAGGAGCGGGUGGUGGGCACGGGCAAGGCUCCCGGCGUUUGCCCGUCUUGCGGCGGCCCCGUGGUGGCCACCGACGUGGAGAGCGAGCGGCGCAUCCUGUGCCUCCCGCUGUGCCUCAAGAGCAAGCGCAAGUACUCCUGCACCAGGUGCUUCCGCCGCCUCGUCACCGUCUACACCUAGCCGAAUCCAAGCCUCUACUCCUACCGAUCCAUCCAACCAUCGAUCAACUAGCGUGCGGCGUCGAACAAUCCCCGAGUUCUUUGGUUCUUAGUUGGCCGUGGUUACGGUCCUAAAGUAGCUUGCUAGCUAGCCUGGCUAAUGUAAUUCAUUCAUCUAAUUUCCAGUAGCCAUACCUAGCUAAUCUGGUGGGCGUGAAGGGCUGCAAAACUGGCACUCUGCUGUUUCUUGCAGCAACCUCUCUGUCAAUGGUGGCGGGGCACCUCCGCGUUAAUGCGCAGGCCAGUAAUGGAAAUUUGGAACGCGCCAGCUCCUCCUUCUUGAUUAA